UUUCGCCGCCGCUGCUGCUGCUGCUGCUUCUCUCCGCGUUGUGUGUGUGCGCGCGUGCUUUUUUUUUGGUUGCUGCAUCGACGCUGGGAAGAUGCUUCUGGAUGCUGGACCGCAGUAUCCCGCCAUAGGAGUCACUACCUUCGGAUCCUCUCGCCACCACUCCACGGCCGAUGUCACGGACAGAGAAGUGGGGCUGGGGAUCAACCCCUUCGCCGACGGCAUGGGCGCCUUCAAAAUCAACCCCAGCACCCACGAGCUGGCCUCGGCCGGCCAGACCGCCUUCACCUCGCAGGCGCCCGGCUACGCGGCGGCGGCCCUGGGGCACCACCACCACCCGACCCAUGUCAGCUCCUAUUCCAGCGCCGCCUUCAACUCCACCCGGGACUUUCUGUUCCGCAACCGCGGCUUCGGGGAGGCGGCGGCCGCCAGCGCCCAGCACAGCCUCUUCGCCUCCGCUGCCGGCAGCUUCGCCGGACCCCACGGACACACAGAUGCCGCGGGACAUAUACUUUUCCCGGGGCUGCACGAACAAGCCACCAGCCACGCUUCGCCUAACGUGGUGAACGGGCAGAUGCGCCUGGGCUUCUCUGGAGACAUGUACGGCAGACCCGACCAGUACGGCCAGGUCACCAGCCCCCGCUCCGAGCACUACGCCUCAACCCAGUUGCACGGCUACGGCCACAUGAACAUGAACAUGGCAGCCCACCACGGGGCAGGGGCCUUCUUUCGUUACAUGAGGCAGCCCAUCAAACAGGAACUCAUCUGUAAGUGGAUUGAGCCCGAGCAAUUGUCAAACCCCAAAAAGUCCUGCAACAAAACUUUCAGCACGAUGCACGAGCUGGUGACUCAUGUCACGGUGGAGCACGUUGGAGGACCCGAGCAGUCCAAUCACAUAUGUUUCUGGGAAGAGUGUCCAAGAGAAGGGAAACCUUUCAAGGCCAAAUAUAAACUUGUAAAUCACAUCAGAGUCCACACAGGUGAAAAACCUUUCCCCUGCCCUUUCCCAGGCUGUGGCAAAGUGUUUGCCAGAUCAGAGAAUCUCAAAAUACACAAAAGAACUCAUACAGGUGAAAAACCAUUUAAGUGUGAGUUCGAGGGCUGUGACAGGCGCUUUGCAAACAGCAGCGACCGCAAAAAGCACAUGCAUGUGCACACUUCCGACAAGCCCUAUCUCUGCAAAAUGUGCGACAAGUCCUACACGCACCCCAGCUCCCUCCGAAAGCACAUGAAGGUCCAUGAAUCAUCCUCGCAGGGGUCCCAGCCUUCUCCCGCCGCCAGCUCAGGCUACGAGUCCUCCACCCCUCCAACCAUCGUGUCUCCAUCCACAGAAAACCAGACUGCCAGCUCCUUAUCCCCUUCCUCCUCCGCAGUCCAUCACACGUCCAGCCACAGCACGCUUACAUCAAAUUUUAACGAAUGGUACGUCUAAAAUGCUAAAACAAAACAACAACAACAACAAAACACAAACCGAAACAAAAAAAAAAGAGCCCCAAGCGAGCAAACAAAUACCCUAUUUAAAGACUCCAAAAUAAUGGACACUCUGAAAUCAAAAUUUAAAUGAGCAAACAAAAAUAAAAUGCUGCCAGUAGACCCAGGACUGAGUAAAAUGAAGACUUAAUUUUUAAAUUUUUUUUUUGUCCUCCAUUAUUUCUCUCUUUUUUUUUUUUGAUUUUUCCUUUCUUUUCUUUUUUUUUUAAUUUUUUUUUUUUCCUGACUGUUCUGCUCUGUUCCAAGGCUUGGUAGGCGAAAGGGUUAGUAGAAUGCAUAAGAAGACAAGGUUACCAGGGCAAAUGCCAACUGUGUAGGGCUUCACUGGAAACCACUGAUUAGAGAUCGCCAACUGCAUGUCUGCUCGGGCAGCGGCCUUCCCCCCCCAUCCCCUCUUGUAAAUACAGAAUUAUUAGCAUCAAAAACAAAACGACAAAAAAAGUGUACUGUUUGAUUUUGUAAAUAGUUAUAUCGCAAGUUGAAUAAGGGGAUAUGUGGAU